UAUUUUAGCCUUCUUCUCUACCAUUUUCACACUCUUCCUUUAGCAAAACCACAUUCUCAAGAGAACCAAAGGGAAAAAAAAAAAAGCAGAACGCAAGUGAAGAGAUCAGGAAAGAAAAUUAAAGUCGGGUUGGUUACGGGUUUUCGAGCUUUGUUCGUAAAAUUUGGUGUAUAAGUAACGCAAUGACUAGCAUUAUGGAUGCAGAACGUGACAAGUAUAGCAUGAUUAAUUUCGAAGAGACGGAGUUACGUUUAGGAUUACCCACAGGCAUUGAAAAUGAUAAUGAAACCGCCAAAAAUAAUGGGAAAAGAGGGUAUUCGGAUAUGGUUGAUUUGAAGCUUAACCUUUCAACAACAAAGGAAGCAUCGGUGGAUGAAGCUGAGAAGAUGAAGGAGAAAAACACUGCAAAGCCCCCUGCUAAGGCACAAGUAGUAGGAUGGCCACCGGUCAGGUCCUUUCGGAAAAACAUCAUGACCGUCCAGAAGAACAGCUCCGACAACAAGGGUGAGAAAACCGGCAGUGGCAACACCAUUAACACCGCCGUACCCGCGGCGUUUGUUAAGGUCAGCAUGGAUGGUGCACCCUAUCUACGCAAGGUGGACUUGAAAUUAUACAAGAGUUACCAAGAACUAUCGGAUGCCUUAGGCAAAAUGUUUAGCUCCUUCACUGUUGGUAACUGUGGGGGUUCACAAGGAAUGAAAGAUUUCAUGAAUGAAGGCAAAUUAAUAGAUCUCUUGAAUGGGUCUGAAUAUGUUCCUACUUAUGAAGACAAAGAUGGAGAUUGGAUGCUUAUUGGUGAUGUCCCAUGGGAGAUGUUUGUUGAUUCAUGCAAGCGUUUACGAAUCAUGAAAGGAUCAGAAGCGAUCGGACUUGCUCCAAGAGCAGUGGAGAAAUGCAAAGAACAGAAGCUGAUGCUAGCUUCAUUACAAAACAACAAUCUGAGUUGAGAAUCAAGUGUUACUAGGAUAAAAAGAAAAGAGAGCAGCAAACCGGUUCGAAAGGGAUCGAGCAGGGAGUUUGAAUGUGUUCAUCAGCAUGAAGAAAAAAACGAGAAGAAAUUAUUAAGAGACAAGAAAUCUAUAUGAAAAAUGUUGACAAGACUUUGUUUUAAUUUCUUCUGUGGGUUGUGUAAGAAUUAAUAACCUAAAAAUUAUUAAUAAUGUUUUUGAUUAGUUGUACAUGUGAUUUCUUUUCUUGUUAAUGUUAUAUUGUAAGAAAAGAUUCUGUGCAUAUAAUAUUUAAUUUAAUGAUCGGUUUUGAUGAA